AUGUCAGAUUUUAAAGUUAGACAAUUAUAUGGUGGUGCUAUCGAGAUAUCUAUUCCAUCGAGAUUCAUAGAUAUUACAGCGUUCCGUGUCAUUCCCGAUCAUCAAGAGUGUUUCGUAGAUGAUAGAACCGAUCAGUCGAUCAUUAUAGAGCUGCUAGAGAGACAAGACCACGUCGCUGACCACGAGAGUGCAGCAUUCCACUUUAAUGUCGUUGCAGACGAAGCAGAUGUCGCAGCAGACAAACGUACAAUCCUAAACCACAGAGCACUGACAAAGACCGACAUGCCACACUUUGAAGACGAAGUUCCAAAGUUUAUUUUACUCGGAAAGCAAAUGAUGUCGAAAUUUAAUGAAACCGCAGAGAAUACUUUAAAUGUUUAUAUGGCAAUAGUUAGAUUAAAUAGAUCAAAAACAGAUUUAUUGAUAACAUUGAAUGCACCUCUUACAUUGUCAAGUGAAAGCAGCAGUGUUAAAGCAGUAGGUGGAACAGUUCCAUCAUUCAACCCACAAGAAGUAGAGAAUAUUUUCGUUGAACUUUUGAAAACACUUCAUAUCAAAGAUUAUUCAUUAUUCCAACAUCAAUAA